GCCCGGGCUGAGCCAGUCGGUUCCGAGUUCUCUGUCCCCAAUGGGGACGUCUGCCCCCACACUUCUCAGGCCGGAGGUGCAGAGAUCAGUCCAGUUUGUUCACCUUCGCGUCCCGGGGCUCAGCCAGCACUGCAAGGUUCACAGAAGGUGUCCAACGAGUGUGGCCCAGAGCACUCUGCGUGCGGGUAGCGCGCUCCGUCCCGCGUGCUUGUCGCCGCGCCCAGGUUGAGUGCUUUCACGCACCUGGUUCCACCCCCACAGGGAAUGUGCAGGGAGCGCUGGGCCGCAUUCCCCAGAGGGGGAAACGGAGGCACAGAGAGGAAGAGCUGUCCUUCCCCUCCACAAUCGUGGGUCUCGCCCUGUCCCUGUGGGCAGGGCCCUGGCAGUUUCCUGGGACCAACAGAGGCCUUGGCAACGCGCGCAGCAGUGCUUGUGGUGGCAGCGGCAGCCACAGGGAGGCCAGGCGUGGAGGCAAUACCCGGCUCGGAGCAGGCCAGGGUCCCCUCGCCUAUGGAGCAUACAGCCACCACAGGCCCCAGGCCAGGACCUCCCUUUCGGCGGGUGGAGAAUGUUGUGCCACGAGCCAAGGACUGGCUGCCAGGAGCUCCUGGGGGCACCGCAGCCUGGGCCACCAGCCUGGGGGCAGAGGUCCCGCCAGGUCUAGCGCUGAGUGAGGAGCAGCAGCUGCAGAUCUCCAAGGAGCUCAUUGACAUUCAGAUCACAACCCACCGCCUGCAGGAGCAGCACGAGGCUGAAAUCUUCCAGCUGAAGAGUGAGAUCCUUCGGCUGGAGAGCCGGGUGCUGGAGCUGGAGGCUGACCCCCGGCACUGCCGGGCACCAGCCCAAGGGCGCAGACACAAACCCCAGGAGCCUGGACACUCUGAUGACCGCAGACUCCAGGUCACGGUGCAGCCCAAGGACUUCACUAGUCCCCAGAACAAGCAGCAGAGGCUGGGGAGUGGCGUGAGUGUGCAGCCCCCUAGCUCAGGGGAGAGGGCAGCACAGGGGACCCCAAGCCUAGGCUCUCAUCCACCAGCCUUGUGUGCCCCACAGCUGCUGGGGGGCCAGGGGCAGCUUCAGGAAGAAGUAAAGUGGGCACUGGAGCGUCAGGAGGCCCGGCAGCAGGCACUGGAGACUCGUGUGGCAGCCCUGGGCCAGCAGCUACAGGGAGCCCGAGAGGAGGCCAGGGCAGCCGGGCAUCAACUGGCCACACAGGCUGUGGUGCUAUGCAGCUGCCAGGGCCAGCUCCGCCAGGCAGAGGCUGAGAAUGCCCGGCUGCAACUGCAGCUCAAGCAGCUGAAGGAGGAGUACGUCCUGCGGCUGCAGCGCUGUGCCCGGGAGGCGGUGGAGCGCGCAGACAGUGCAGGCCAGGAACCGGCCAGCACGACUCUCCGGACAUUCCUGGAAGCCACUCUGGAGGACAUCCGGGUAGCGUACCGCGGCCGUGAACAGCAGCUGGCCCGGGCCGCCCGCACCUAUCAAAAGCGGCUGGCAGACCUGAGCCGCAGGCAUGAGGAGCUGCUGGGUGCCUACAGGGCACCUGGGAACCCCAAAGCUACUUUAGAUGCAGCUAGCUCGGACCUGGAACCACUGCCCAUGCCACUGGUCACUGACUUCAGCCAGCGGGAGGACCAGCAUGGCUGGCCUGGGGCGCUGCUCUCAUGCCCACAGAAGGGACCCAGUGAUGCCACCCAGAGGGGAGCGUCAGAGCCACAGGGUCUGCAUGCUGAAUCCUGGGCCCAGAUCCACCAGAAGCUCCGGGACUUUUCCCGCAGCACCCAGAGCUGGAACGGGAGCGGGCACAGCUGCUGGUCCGGGCCACGAAGGCUGAAGAGCAACUUUCUGAGCUGCAGGAGUACGUGGAUCAGCACCUGGGCAGGUACAAGCAGGAAAUCCUGAGGCUGAGGAAGCUGGCCAGUGCAGGGGACCCCUGGAAAGUGGGGGCUGUGCCUCCAGCCAAGCCCCAGAAUCCAAGGACCGGCAGCUACUAGCUCGUCUCCUGAGGAGCAGAGCAGAUCCCGUCACAGCCAGCCCAGAGCCCUCCCAGCCAGCCCCCCCACCAAAACAUGAAUAAGGAUAGAACCCA